CCGAAAGUGACUCGUACAACAAAGCAAGGUAUUGCGAAGUGCAGGGUUCGUGCAUGUUCACGAAAACAUCGGCAAGUGUACAACAAAGCAACAAAAAAAGGCCCAAUUAGUGGCAUCAUAAUGUUACCGUGUUAGAACUCUUGUCAGGUGCUGUAGUGUGCUCACGUUCCCCAGAUGAUGACUGCUGUGCUAACUCCGUUCUUAAUUUUUCCAUUUUGUUCAGAUCACCUUUGGAAGGAAAAUACAACAAUGUGAAGACAAUCACACCAUCACGAGACUGACAACAUGUUAAAAUACCCAGCACGUUCAACGCGUCCCAGUGCACAAGUAAUGCAAAAAAAAAGGCAGUAAUAAAUUGGCACCACGGUGUAAACUGAAUCUGUAAUUUGUUCUUUGGAAGGCACGAUGACGAAAUAACGAGGAGGUGCAUGUGAGAUAACCGCGUCAAUCACGGCAAAGCAUCGGAGUUUCGAAACUACAGCCAGACCCAGCGUUUGAUCAGUGUGCUUUACAUUCUCAACGUAGUCACAUGAAAACGGAUGUGACUCAAAAACGAACAUUGCAAGACAUACCUGCUGCUACUAAAUAGGCUGGCGAAGGCUCCUUCGAAGGAUCCCACAAAAUGUCGAAUACUUUCCCGGUGUACCCGCCAACGGACGCGGGCUUCUUGGCGAUAGUUGCAGCGAUCUUACUGUCCAGGACACAUGUGAUGGGAUAUACGUCCCAGGCUUCCUCCGCCAUCCAUUUCACCAAAAUGUGGCUCAUGUUAGACAACACACCAGAACAAUGACUGAAAUACGAACAGCGAUGACACACUCAAAUCUCACGCAACAGAAAGGUAACGGCCUACGGCAACGGACGGAUGCGGCCAUGGCUAUGUCAGUUUGCCAGUGCCAAUGGACGAUCCGAUGAUCGCCCUCUGAGUGCGCCGUCUAUACAAAGCGUACAAAACGUUGUCUGCUUAUAAAAAGUUCGCGGCAAACCUCAACAUUGACACUACUAAGUACGUGCUAUUCCCUCAAACAGCGACAAAUGAAACGCAAUAUGUGACAGCAUUUUGAAAUUUGAAGCAACACACAAAAUAGUGCAAAAUAGCGCCAGCGCUUGUGUCUGCUCACCGCUCACGGAGUUUGUCUGCUUCCGCCGGUAAUUUGUGAAUUUGUGAAGAGCGGCGCAUUUAACGUUUUAGCUGGUGGAUUGGUGGUCGAGUUUUUCAAGAAACAGCGCCUGCCAAUGAGUGACGGGGCAAAGCGAUACAGGCGGUGGCUUUUUCACCCCGGUGAAGAUAUCCCACAGAGCACUUUAUAUCGUUGGGGUAACGAACCUGAUCAACCGUCUACAAGCCAAAGCAACACCGAUGCACCGGACACGAGCCCAAGCAUCAGCGAUGAAAUGCCAACCCAGCCAGACACGGAUUUACUUCAAACACGUAGGAGCGACGACGGCAGCCCAAGCGAAGAUGAGAGAAAUGGCGACAACACGGCCACAGCACGGACACCACCUUCCAAAGACAAUUCGUCCGAUGAUUUAUCUUCAGUUAGUGACGACGAAGAGUUGCGCGGUGCCCACGCUACAAGUGAUGCAUCUGGUUCUCAUCAGGACGAUGAACUGAACUCCGAACUUUAUCCAGGCUCACAACUGAGCAAAGGAGAAAGCCUUCUUCUAAUAAUGGGGCAUGCACUUCGUCACCACACGUCCAAGGAGGCAACGGAGUCGCUUCUCAAGCUCCUGCAGGCCCAUUUACCAGAGAGCGCUGCAAUUCCAACAUCGAAGUACUUGUUUUUUAAAGAGUUCACGGGCAGCAAAGGGAUGAGGACAGAACACUACUAUUGUUCUAGGUGCCUUGCUUACCUGGGCAGAGGUGACGACAGUGAAGUGAUGUGUGAAAAGUGCCAACAAACAUACAGCAUUUCCACGCUGACCAAAAAAGGCCACUACUUCCUGAUGUUGGACCUCAAAGCACAAGUUAGUGACUUGCUGUCUGAUCGCUCCGUAAACUUCAAGAAGCUUCCUCGAACUCUCUUCGUUAAUAUGGAUCACAUUACUACCAGCAGCGGCUACCACGAUUUACCUCUCAAGGAGGAUGACUUGACGGUCACGUGGAAUACAGACGGUGUGCCGGUUUACAAAUCGUCUUCAUUUUCUAUCUGGCCCCUUCUGCUACAAGUUAAUGAACUUUCGCCAGAGGAUCGAUCCAAGCACACACUUCUUGCGGGGCUUUGGUUCGGUGAACUGAAACCCAACAUGAACACGUUUCUGAAGCCCUUCGUUGAUGUAAUGAAUGAUAUGCCUCAUAAUGGUGUGAAGUGGGUCGACAGUCAUGGCGGUGAAAUAAUUUCACGUGUCUUCCCUGGACCUUGCACAGUAGACACUGUAGCAAGGGCGAUGGUCAUGGAUAUGACUCAAUUUAAUGGUGCUUGUGGUUGCGCAUGGUGCCAGCAUGAAGGCGAGGUGGUGGAGAAAGGGAAUGGGUAUGUUCGUGCAUAUUCCUCACGUGUACCUAGACCUGUUGCUAGAACAGACUUCUCCUUCCGCAUGAAUGCAACGAAGGCUGCCUCGACAGGUGAAACGCAGCUUGGUAUCAGGGGCCAAACAGUUCUUCUUUUUUUGUCAUUCUUCGUGUUCCCAACUGGUUUCGUCGUCGACUACAUGCACGCUGUGUGUUCUGGCUUCGUCAGGCACACAACGUGCAUGUGGUUGCAACACAAGGUCCCAUACAGCAUUGGAGAGAUUCUCUUGAAAAACAACUCCCAAAAACUUCAAUUCAUGUACACGCGCCACAGGGGCACCAUUGAGGACAACAUUUGGUUCAGAGACCAGCAUUUUUCCGCGCGGUCUAAACAACAUAUACUUAGUCUUACUAACGUUAAGGCGCAAGUGGUUCGCUAG